AUGGCCGAAAUCACCAUCACCGGGUUCGUAACGCGCGAUGUGCGGUUCCCGACGUCUCUCGACAAGACGGGAUCCGACGCCAUGAACGCCGCCGGCGACUACUCAUCCGCAUACUGCAUUCUCAAGACUGAUUCUGAUUACACAGGGCACGGCAUGACGUUCACAAUCGGCCGAGGCAACGACAUUGUCUGCGCCGCAAUCGCCCAUGUCGCCGAGCGCCUCCGCGGCAGGUCCCUCUCCGCCCUCGUCGCCAACUGGGGACAGACCUGGCGCCACCUGGUCAACGACAGCCAGCUCCGAUGGAUCGGCCCCGAAAAGGGCGUCAUCCACCUCGCCCUGGGCGCCGUCGUCAACGCCGUGUGGGAUCUCUGGGCCAAGGUCCUGGGCAAGCCCGUCUGGCGCAUCGUCGCCGAUAUGUCCCCCGAGGAGUUUGUGCGCUGCAUCGACUUCCGCUACAUCACCGACGCCAUCACCCCCGAGGAGGCCGUCGCCCUGCUCAAGGAGCAGGAGCCCGGCAAGGCUGCCCGGAUCGAGGAGGCGCUGCAGAGCCGUGCCGUCCCCGCGUACACGACCAGUGCCGGGUGGCUGGGCUACGGGGAGGACAAGAUGAAGGCCCUGCUGCAGGAGACGCUCAGCCAGGGCUACCGCCACUUCAAGCUCAAGGUGGGCAACAGCGUGGAGGAUGACCGCAAGAGGCUGACGAUUGCGCGUGACGUUAUCGGCUAUGACAAGGGCAACAUCCUCAUGGUGGACGCCAACCAAGUGUGGUCGGUACCGGAGGCCAUCGAGCACAUGAAGCAGCUCGCCGAGUUCAAGCCGUGGUUCAUUGAGGAGCCAACCUCGCCAGACGACAUCUUCGGUCACAAGGCCGUCCGCGACGCGCUCAAGCCAUACGGAAUCGGCGUGGCCACGGGAGAGAUGUGCCAGAACCGUGUCAUCUUCAAACAGCUGAUCCAGGCCGGCGCCAUCGACGUCUGCCAGAUCGACGCCUGCCGAAUGGGCGGUGUCAACGAGGUCCUGGCCGUGCUCCUAAUCGCCAAAAAGUACAACAUCCCCAUCGUUCCGCACUCUGGCGGCGUGGGUCUCCCAGAGUACACACAGCACCUCAGCACCAUCGACUACGUCGUGGUAAGUGGCAAACUGUCAGUGCUCGAGUACGUGGACCACCUGCACGAGCACUUCCUGCACCCGUCCGUCAUCAAGGACGGUUUCUACCAGACCCCGACGGAGCCUGGCUACAGUGUGGAGAUGAAGCCUGACAGUAUGGACCGAUAUACAUACCCCGGCGAGAAGGGCGUCAGCUGGUGGACGACGGACGAGGCUCAGCCCAUCCUCACUGGGGAGAAAAUUUAA